AUCUCACUGUCCUGGAAACCCAGCCAGAACCUCCACCCUCGGACACCAUGGUCAGCUCCUGUUGUGGCUCCGUCUGCUCUGACCAGGGCUGUGGCCAAGGUCUCUGCCAGGAGAUCUGCUGCCGCCCCAGCUGCUGCCAGACCACCUGCUGUCGGACCACCUGCUGCCGCCCCAGCUGCUGCCGCCCCUGGUGCUGCCAGUCUGUGUGCUCCCAGCCCACUUGCUGCCGCCCCAUCUGCUGCCACCCCAUCUGCUGCAGGCCCAGCUGCCACAGGCCCCAGUGCUGCCGGACCACCUGCUGCCGGACCACCUGCUGCCGCCCCAGAUGCUGCAUCUCCAGCUGCUGCCGCCCCCGGUGCUGCCAGUCUGUGUGCUGUCAGCCCACCUGCUGCCGCCCCUCCUGCUGUGGUUCCAUUUGUGGUUCUAGCUGCUGCAGGCCCAGCUGCUGCAUCUCUAGCGGCUGCAGGCCCCCGUGUUCCCAGCCCUCCUUCUGUGGCUCUAGCCCCUGUGGCUCCAGCUGCUGCCACCCCUGCUGCUGCCUGCGCCCCGUCUGUGGCCGGGUCUCCUGCCACACCACUUGCUACCGCCCCACCUGUGUCAUCUCCACCUGCCCCCGCCCCACGUGCUGUGCCUCCUCCUGCUGCUGAAUCUCUGCCUGUAAUCUUGUCACACUGAGCAUGUUCUCAAAAGUCAUUUAAAAUGUGUCAGAGCCAACCAGUGACUGGGGAAGGGCUUCUCAGUGGCCACCUCUUCUUCUUCGGAUUUGGCAUUCGGAGUUGGCACUCAGUUCUAGGAAAUGACGGCUGCAAACAAAUUUGCCACAUGUUUUUAACUCAGACCCCAAAGCAUCUGUUUUUAGACCUGCAGUCUUCAUCCUAAGUAUCCACUGAUUAAAAUGAUCUCGAAAGA